ACAAGUAACAUCUUGUUUUGAUGUGUACGCUUUUCUUUAAAUAGACGAACGGGGUGAAGAGUGUAUUUAGAGUCCGUGCCUUUGCCUUCCUCGUAAAACAUGUGUGACAGACAGCGCCAGUGUUCCAUUUGCCUGGACGCAUACACCCGUCCCGCAUCCAUCCCCUGCGGACACACGUUCUGCCUGGCCUGCAUCGGGGAGUGCUGGAGGCGUGCGGAGUCCUGCCUCUGUCCGCUGUGCUUCACCGUGUUCCCGCCAGAGUCAGAACUCCAGCCGCACCAGGACCCGGAAGACUCGUGCUUUGGUGGUGAGGAGUCUGUGAAUGAUCGCACACCCGAACCACAUAUGCUUCUAGAAACUGGAGACGUGCCCUGUGACGCGUGCCCCAAAGGUAGGGCAUACAAGGCCCAGUGGUCCUGCCUGGAGUGUCUGUCCUCAUACUGCUCUGGACACCUUGAACCUCACUACCAGAAGGCAGAGCUGAGGAGACACCACCUGGUUGCCGUGUGGAAGAACCGGGGCGACUCCUUCUGCCAGCAACACGGCCAACUGCUCGAUCGCUUCUGCCGGACCGACCGGUCCUGCAUCUGUGCCUCUUGUGCCCGCGAUGAACACUGGGGCCAUCGGAUCAUCCCAGCCGUCACAGAAUGUAGGAAGAAGAAGAUACAGCUGAGGAAAAGUAUGCAGAAGUUGCAGAGGAUGAUCCAAGACAAACUUACGAUGCUGGAGGAGGUGAAACUACCAUCAGCACGCGGCAAGCAGGGUAAUGUAGGAUGCGGUGUGCAAGGCUCCUCCAGUGAGCUGGAGAGGUCUGUUGAGAGAAGCCAAGCAGAACUUAUUGACGUGACGGUGGAGGAGCAGAAAGCAGCUGAAAAGAGGGCUGAAGAGCACAUUAGGGAGCUGGAGGAGGACAUUGCAGACCUUCAGAGAAGAAAUGCUGAGUUGGAGCGACUCUCUCAUUCUGAGGACCACAUACACUUCUUACAGAACUUCCCUUUCCUGCGCUUUCCUCCACAUACCAAACUGUACUCUGAGUUCUUCAAGGGUGAGAAGAGAGACGCAGAGAAGUACAUCAACAGCUGCUUGUUCCUGCAAGCCAGAGUCUUGGCUCGCAACAGAGAACGAAGAGGAUCAGCACAGAACACCACAGUCACAACAGAAGGAAGUUACCUCCCACAAACCAUCCGAGAAUCGAAACUUAGAAACACUGAAAUUUACUGGAAAGUAGGGGGAGAUGGAGACAAGAGACAGAAACACAGAGAGAGACACGCAGCAAAGCAUAGAUUUAAAAGCAGGGCAACGGCAGAAGGCAUGGCGAGUCCUACACCAGCUUCAGAAAUGUCGGAAGAUUUCCUCAAAGACCAUCUGAAGUGCUCCAUCUGUCUGGACAUGUUCGAUGAUCCAGUCACCACAUAUUGCGGUCAUAGUUUCUGUAAAUCCUGCCUGGAUCGCCAUCUUCAGUACAAUGACUCUGUUUGUCCACUGUGCAAAGCCUUCUGUGUCCGGAACCCCAAGGUUAGCGUGGGACUGAGGGAGAUAGUCCUGGAGCUUAAAAGCCCCCGGAAGAGGAAAAUACAGGAGUGGCAAGCAAAGGAGGGAGACGUGCCAUGUGAUGCCUGCCUUGAAGGGAGGAAACUCAGAGCUGUCAAGUCCUGCCUGGUGUGUCUGGUGUCUUACUGCAAGGAGCACAUUAAGAUGCACUUGAGCUGCAGGAGGCUGCGUGGCCACAAACUGGUGGCACCCAUGAGGGAUCUGGAUGCAAAGGCGUGCCCAUCCCACGGGCGACCCUUGGAGCUAUACUCUCAUGAAGAACAGAGAUGUGUGUGUGCCCUGUGUGUGCGAGAUGGACAUGAUGUAAUCCCUGCUGAGGAGGAAUGGGAGAGGAAGAAGAAAAAACUAGAGGAGUUGAAAGACGAGAUACUGCUGAAGAUCUGGGAGAGGGAGAAGAAGGUGGAUGAAAUCGAACAGGAAGUGGAGCUUAGCAGGACCCAUAUUGACAAGGAAAUGAAGAAGAUCCACGAGGUUUUUGAGGUAGUGCAGACCAUUGUGCAAGAGACCCAAGAUGGUCUUCUCAGGCCACUUCAGAAGAAGCUGAAAACAAUGGAACGGGAUGUGCAAAACCUCACAGCGGAAAUCUGGAAAGAGAUUAAGGAUCUGAGAAAAAAGAUUGCCCAAUUGGAUAACAUCUCAGAAGACCAAGAUCACAUCAACUUCCUGCAGAGCUUCCCAUUGAUGGCUAAUAGAGAGGAGGACAAAGACUGGACUUCUGUUUCUGUAGAUACUCAACUGUCCCUGGGAACUAUGAGGACAACACUCUCUUUCAUGAUGGAAGAAAUCCACCAGAUGCUGGAUAGCCUUUCUGGCAUUGAACUGGGAAGAAUCCAGAAGUUUUCAGUUGACGUGACGCUGGACCCCAGCACAGCGAACCCGCUGCUUAUCCUGUCCGAGGACAGGAGAGAAGUGAGAUGUGGGGACAUCCAGCAGGACCUUCCUGACAGUCCAGGGAGGUUCGAUGUUUUCGGGAGUAUCCUGGGAUGUAAUGAGCUCACUUCCGGAAGACACUACUGGGAGGUUAAUGUUGGGGACAAAAGCGGCUGGGAUUUGGGGGUGGCUGGAGAGUCCAUCAGCAGGAAGGGACUCAUUACUGUCAACCCCCAGAAUAGUUACUGGGCUUUGGUUCUUUUCAAUGACAACCAGUAUACCGCCCUGGAUGACAACCCACUCCACCUGUCUCUGAGGUCUAAACCCACAUAUGUGGGAGUGUAUGUGGAUUAUGAGCAGGGUGAGGUUUCCUUCUAUGAUGUGGAAGCAAGGUCUCACAUCCACACUUUCACCGGUUGUGAAUUCACUGAGAAGCUCUAUCCGUACUUCAGUCCACAUCUUAAGCAGGGAGGCAAAAAUGAUGCGCCACUCAUCAUCACCCCUGUAAUGUCAUCUUUCUGACCA